AUGUCUGACGAGGAACUGGUCAUGGCUUUUCAUAUCCUACUGGAAGAGAUAGAAGUCCUACGACUGGAAGGCUUCUCGUUAGUGGCUGACGAUAUGAUGAUCACCGCUCAAAACAUCGUGGAUUUGGUGUUCUCAAGUCAUGGCGGAUGGGCUUUCCUCCAGCUUGGACAGCACCAGCAGUCCUUCCUCCAGCAGAUGCAACAGAAUUACUCUUUCAACUUGCCCCAACCAAACUUCUUCAUCAAUCAGCAGAUGCCACCACCAGCGAUGAUUGGCCAGGCUCCCACCCAGAAUGUUGUAGUGCACUCACACGUAGCUUCAGCGCCCGCUCAAAUCCAAGGGCCCUCCGAACAAAAUAAAAACGAGCUCCAUCUCGACCGACUCAACAAAGAAAACGAUCGCAACGAGAAGAUGAAGAACAGAUACGAGGAUGAACUAGCAGUGAAGGAGCGAGCGAGGUUGGAAGCUCAAGCGAAGAAGACGAUUGAGGCAGCGGAGGAGAAGGCUCGUAAGCUCAAGAAGGCCGAGGAAAGAUUCGAAAGGACCAAGAUUGAAAACAAUUUGAAAGAGGACACAAUACUGCGCAUUGACGAAGCGAAGAGCAGACAAGACGAGCUGGAUCGUAAGACGCGUGAGAUGACGGAGAGGACAGAGCAGGCAAAGAUUGAUGCUGCACGAAGGUUUGAGCAAACACGUCAGGAAGCAGCUGCGAAAAGGGAGCAGCAGAGGCGAGAGGAGGAGAGGCGGGAUCAGGAGAGGCGGGAUCAGGAGAGGCGGGAUCAGGAGAGGCGGGAUCAGGAGAGACAGCGACAGCUGGAUGCCUCCAGAAACCGAACAAAUGACUUGAAUAGUCAAUCAUACAACCAGCAGCGCAUGUUACCGGAACGCGAAAGACCACGGCGGUCCUCCCCGAUUCCACAGAACCAACUCGUUUCUGACGACGAUGAUGACUCCGACAGCGACGAGGAGAAGCGGAAAGAUCCGUACGAACUCAUUGGUCUGCCCGACAGAGGGCGCACACCGGUCAAAGAUAUCGAAACUACAAGAACAGUGUUGAACAAGAUUCAUCAGAAGACUAUCGAUACUGCGAUGUCAGACUCCAAGAAACAACAUGCCGAGAAACGUAUGGUCGAGAUCAAGUGGGCAGCGGCCAUUCUCUUGGAUGAAAUGAACAAGAGGGCUUAUGAUGAGGCUGGUGCUAUAUUUCCUCAUGAGCAGCAGGCUUGGAGGAGGAAGAAUGGCAUCAGUGGUGCUGCCGGUAGGAAGUAA